AUGCAAAGAUUAAUCGGUAAUUCUAUUCGUUUGCGUGUUAAAAAACAAUUAAUAACUCUAUGCCGUCAGUUACAUACAAAUCAAUCGAAUUCUUCAAUUGCUCAUGAUUUUAAUGUAGCAUCAACAUCAACAAUCGAUUCAAAUUUUUUUACAAAUCAUUUUCGUAAAAUUUCACCAUUUUCUUGGCUUAAAACAUCUUCAUUAUCAAAAGAACAAAAUGAUGGAUUAUUUCAAAUUAAAGAACUUUCAACACCUGAAGGUUUUCAUAUACUUGCUGAACGUGUUGUUAAUAAAUGUGAAAAAUUACUUGAUGAAUGUUUUAAUCCAUCAAGACGUAAAAUAGUUGAAAUAUUAGAUGAAAUAUCUGAUGAAAUAUGUCGUGUAGCUGAUUUAGCUGAAUUUAUUCGUAAUGUUGAUGUUGAUAAUGAACUUAAACAAGCUGCUGAACAAGCUUAUGGAAUAUUACAUCAUCUUGUAGAAAAAAUGAAUACAAAUACGAAAUUAUAUGAUCAUGCUAAACAAGCAUAUGAAUCAGGUGAAGGUGAUGAAACUGAUCAACGUGUUUUAAAAUUAUAUUUAAAUGAUUUUGAACGAUCUGGUAUUCGAUUUACUGAAAAUAAACGUUUGAAUUAUUUACAAUUACAUGAAGAUAUCUUACAAUUAGAAAAUCAUUUUCGACAUGGUGCACAUCGAGAAUAUCAAAUUCCAACAAGACAAUUAUCAGAAAAGGUAGGAAAGAGAUUCAAUGAAAAAGCAAUAACAAUUAAUUCUGCGCAUUCAAAUGAUGAUGAUGAAAAUUUACGUGAAUUUAUUUUUCGUCAAUAUUUUCGUAACGAACCUGAACAAGAACGUAAUCUUGAUCAACUACUACAUAAAAGAUAUGAAUUAGCUAAAUUAUGUGGUUAUACAUCGUAUAGUCAUCGUGCAUUAGACAAUACAUUAUUAAAUAAACCUGAAUAUGUUACGGAUUAUUUAGAACAAAUUAUGACUGCUAUUCGACCGUUUGCUGAUAGAGAUAUUCAAUUAAUGCAAAUACUUAAAAAUCGUCUAGAUCCUCAAUCAACGAAUAAACCUAUUGCUCCAUGGGAUAUUGCUAGAUUAGAAGCUAGAUUUAAAUCUGAUGUUACACAAGAAUAUACACCGUAUUUUUCACUUGGUGCUUGUAUGGAUGGACUUAAUCUAAUAUUCAACAGUCUUUUCAAUGUGACAUUAAAUAAACAACCAACAGCACCAGGUGAAAUUUGGCAUCCAUCUGUUGUUAAACUUUCUGUUGAUCAUGUAACCGAGGGAACAGUUGGAUAUAUUUAUUGUGAUUUAUUUGAACGAAAAGAUAAAGUGCCACAUGAUUGUCAUUUUACAAUUCAAUGUAGUCGACGUCUUGCUGAUGGUUCAUGUCAAUUACCAAUUGUUGUUCUUCAUGUUAAUAUUCCACCAAGUACUAAUCCAAAUAUACCAACACUUCUUACAUUAGGUUUGGUAGAAAAUUUAUUUCAUGAAUUUGGUCAUGCAAUGCAUUCAGCAUUAGCUCGAACACGUUAUCAACAUGCAUCUGGUACUCGUUGUCAAACUGAUAUUGCAGAAAUUCCAUCACAAUGGAUGGAAUAUUUUGUUUAUGAACCACGUGUAGUUAAAUUAUUUGCACGACAUUAUGAAACAGGAGAAACCAUACCUGAUGAACUUCUUCGACGUCUUCAUACAGCUCAAAAUUGUUUUCAAGCACAUCGAACACAAGUUCAAGUGGCAUGUGCAAUGUUUGAUCAUUCAUUUCAUGGUCCAUAUCCAUUAUCGGAAUCGUAUGAAAAACUUUAUUCAUCAUUAUUAACCAAACAUACAUCAUUACCUUACAUACCAUCAACAUAUCCAUAUUUAAAAUUUUAUCAUUUAGUAGAUUAUGGUGCUCGUUUUUCAAGUUAUAUUAUUGCACGUUCAAUAGCAAGUAAAAUUUGGCAUGAUCAAUUUGCAAAAGAUCCUUUGUCGAAAACAACUGGUGAACAAUUUCGAAAAAAUUUUCUACAAUGGGGUGGUGAACGUGAACCAAAUGAAUUAAUAGGAAAUAUGUUUUCAUUAACAAAAAAAUUAACAAUUAAUGAUAUGACUAAAGCUAUUACUGAUGAAAUCAAAGAUAAUGCUCAAAAGCGUGAUAGUUUGUUUAAAAAAAAAUAA